AUGGAGCAAAUACAUCUCUUCACCAAGAAACUAAAACCAACCCAUAUCAGCCAUACUCUAUCAGUUCCAUCCCAUGUCCUUAAGGCUUUUCAGAUGCCUGAAGGAACCCAUAUGAUGAAAUUUGAAGCAGUCGAUGCUACUGAUAAUGUGUGGAGGUUUAGUUUAUCAACCCGUCUGACUGGAGUGUAUCCAAAGCCUGUUCUUCUCCGCUCUUCUUGGCUUCCUUUUGUAGUGCAGAAAGGUCUUGUUCCCAAUGAUAGGGUUGUUUUCUAUAUGGAGAGGGAUGAAGCUAAUGAGAUGAUCAGGAGCUACACGGUUAGAGCUCAACGAAAAGUCAUGCACUUGAUGGGUCAAGAUAUUUGGGUCGACGUCGAGGAUCUGCCUCUACAAGUUGCAGGCUACUGGUUUGUCCUUACGAGUCUUGUUGGAUUGCUUCUGUCUGUCUUGUUGAUCUAG